GUCAAUGGGCAUCAAAGAGACGGGCAGAAAGAUAACGUCAUAGAUAACAGAAGGGGUGAUUUGCGGAGUUCAAGUAGUAGAGGAGCUGAUAUACCACAACAAGUUAAGUGGAGGGGCUGAAUUGCACCUUCUACCGACAAUAAUGGGAAAUGCAUUUUCUUCAUCAAAAGGUUUACGGGUUACAGGAACUUGUUUUCUGUCCUUGAAUGGGGAGGUCAAUGGAAGGUAUCUAUGCAGGAUUUCUAGGGUUUUCACUUUUUUUCUUCAUAACUACCAGAACCUCAACCUCCGUACCUGACACUAUCACUCCUGGACAGUCCGUUAAAGAUGGGGAAACUCUGGUGUCAGCUGGUGGAAGCUUUGAGCUGGGAUUUUUCAGUCCAGGCAAUUCGAAAAACCGGUAUCUAGGAAUAUGGUACAAGAAAGUGUCAACAAGAACUGUUGUUUGGGUAGCCAACAGGGAAACCCCGGUUUCUGAUACUUCAGGAGUUUUGAGUAUCAAUUUCCAGGGAAUUCUAUCUCUUCAGAACAGCACAGAAGGCCUUGUUUGGUCUUCUAAUGUAUCCAGGGCUGCACAAGAUCCAGUUGCUCAGCUUUUGGACUCAGGAAACCUUGUGGUGAAAGAUAGAAAUGAUGACAAUACUGAGAACUUUCUAUGGCAGGGUUUUGAUUAUCCUUGCAAUAACUUUUUACCCAAAAUGAAGAUUGGCAGGAAUUUGCUAACUGGGUUUGAUAUGUUUGUAUCAUCUUGGAGAAGUCCAGAGGAUCCUGCUCAGGGCCAGUACGAUUUAAGGAUGGAUAUUCGGGGGUUGCCACAGUUAGUUCAGACGAAGGGAGCUGAAGUUUUAUUCCGAGGGGGAUCCUGGAAUGGACUAUAUUUUACUGGGAAGCCUAUUACUAAGCCUAAUCCGUUGUAUUCCUAUGAAUUCUUCUUCAGUGACAAGGAGGUGUAUUACAAAUAUGAGAUGCGGAACAGUUCUAUUUUUUCAAGGUAUGAAAUGCAACCAUCUGGAGUUAUACAGAGGUAUGUUUGGAAUGAAAGGAAACUUGAUUGGGAGACUUUCUCCACUGCACAGGCGGAUCAGUGCUCGAAUUAUGCCUUCUGCGGAUUAUAUUCAAGCUGCAAUCCCCUUAGGCCUUCUCCAUGUGCAUGCUUGGGAGGGUUUGUGCCUGGAUCAGGUGCACCUAAAGAUGGGAACUCAAUAGAUUGGUCUGGUGGAUGUACUCGAAGGACUCCACUGCACUGUGACGGUGAUGCAGAUGGGUUUCUGAAGAAGACAGGAGUGAAAUUGCCUGACACUGCAAGUUCUUGGUUUAACAGGAGCAUGGGCCUCAAGGAAUGUGAAGAAAUGUGUUUGAGAAAUUGCUCGUGUACAGCCUAUGCUAGUUUGGAUAUCGGAGAUGGAAGUGGGUGCUUGCUCUGGCUUGGUGAUUUAGCUGACAUGGUAGAAUACAGUGAGGGUGGUCAAGAUCUCUAUAUCCGAAUAGCAACUUCUGAUCCAGAUUAUGUUCAAGGAAAAAGCAAGAGUAAGAAGAUGAGAGCGAGACUAGUAGCUAUGUCUGCCAUUAUAGCCACAGGAAUGCUGGUACUCAUAUUUGUGUUAUACAUACGGAAAAAGAAGCUUAGAAAACAAGACGGUAAGGAAGAUGUGGAGUUGCCCGUCUUUGAUUUUUCUAUCAUAGCUAAUGCCACGAACAACUUCUCAAGUGAUAACAAACUCGGAAGAGGAGGCUUUGGUUCUGUCUAUAAGGGUACAUUGACAGACGGGCAAGACAUAGCAGUGAAGAGACUAUCAAAGGAAUCUGGGCAAGGACUAGAGGAGUUCAAGAAUGAAGUUACAUUGAUUGCAAAACUCCAGCACCGGAAUCUAGUAAAGCUCUUCGGUUACUGCAAUGAGGGAGAUGAAAGAAUGUUAAUCUAUGAGUACAUGCCAAACAAAAGUUUGGAUCAUUUCAUUUUUGAUCAAACAAGGAGCAAAUUGCUUGAUUGGCCUAGGAGGAUGAACAUUAUUGAUGGAAUUGCUCGAGGACUUCUUUACCUACAUCAAGACUCACGACUGAGAAUUAUCCAUAGAGAUCUCAAAGCAAGCAAUAUUCUACUAGAUAACAAUAUGAACCCAAAAAUUUCGGACUUUGGUUUGGCUAGGAUGUUUGAUGGGAAUCAGACAGAGGCAAAGACUAGAAGAGUAGUUGGAACAUAUGGUUACAUGUCACCUGAGUAUGCUUUGGAUGGACAUUUCUCCAUAAAAUCUGACAUCUUUAGCUUUGGAGUUUUGGUCUUGGAGAUAAUAAGUGGGAAUAGAAACAGGGGAUUUUCCCACCCAGAUCAUGACCAUAAUCUUCUUGGACAUACAUGGAGAUUGUGGAUGGAAGAGAGGACCUUGGAGCUGAUUGACAAUUCAUUAGUUGACAAACACUUUAUAUCUGAAGUGUUGCGAUGCAUUCAUGUGGCUUUGUUAUGCGUGCAACAAAGACCGGAAGAUAGGCCAAACAUGUCAUCUAUGCUGCUUAUGCUGGGCGGUGAAAAUUCCUUGCCUCAACCAAAGCAGCCUGGCUUUUUCAUUGAAAGAAAUUUGCACCAUGAAUCAUUAGAAACAAAUGAAGUCACCAUUACGUUGUUAGAGGCACGAUAGGAAAUGCAGAAACGCUUCUCUUCAUCUUAACAUAGAGCUGUUUAAGUAGGACCAUACUAGACCUACUCUUACAAGGAACUUCCUUGAAUGAUGGAAGAAGUACUGUUAAUGUCAAGUCAACACAUGGUUGGCAUCCAAGAAAAUGAUAUUCCAUUCAGUGAGGAACUAGUUAUGUUUAUCACAAUUAAGUAUCCUGGCUACAUUUGCACUCUGACCCGAUUAAGACCAUCAUAGUUGUUGAAGGUUCUCUUUGAUUUUUUGUUCUCCUACACUACAUUGUAUUAGACCAUGACAUCAUUUAUGGUGCCAAGAAAUCCAUAAUUUAGAA